AAAAACCCAUUCCGUACACGGCAUGGCGACACAAAUUACCAUCGAUCAGCUAAACAAGGACCAGAUCAAGUCGUUUUCAGACUUUCUGCUCUCCUACAACAAACUGUCCGAGCUGUGCUUCAUCGAUUGCGUGAAUGAGUUUACCGGACGAACGGUCAGCGAUAAGGAGGACAAGUGUGCCCUCAACUGCAUGGAAAAGUUUCUCAAGAUGAACCAACGCAUAUCGCAACGGUUUCAGGAGUUCCAGAUGCUAGCCAACGAGAAUGCUAUUGCAGCGGCCCAGAAGCUGAGCGGCAAAUGAAGUGUUUACCA